GGCGGCGCGGCGCCCGACCUCUGAGUUCCCUCUCGGCCCCCGCCCCGCGUCGCCCGGCCUCCCAGUCACCCCCUGACCCGGCUGUCCCCGGGCCCGUCCUCGAGCCUUGCCGCCCAAGUCUCCAGCCCCGCGGGUCCUCGCGCUCCUCACUCGUAGCCUUCCCUGCACCCUCGCAGCCCAUGCAGACCCCUCUCUCACUCCCAGGUCUUUCCUUGCCCCUUAGGGGUGGCUCUCUGCACCACCAGGGCCUGCCCCUGACACCUUUUUCCUGCACCGUAACCUCCCGUGUCACUCUCAGGGCACUUCCUGACUCCUGUCUCACUGUCGUGGCCUCUGAGGCCCUCGCCUGGACUCUUACUGCUUCCCCACCCCGUUCUACAACCUUCCCAGGCUUUACUGCGCUUCCUCAAUUCCCUCCUCGAACCCCUAGUGCCUCUUAUGUUCUCGUCACUUCAGAUCCCCAGGACUUCCCCUCAAACCCUACUUGGGACCGCUAGGCCCUUCCUUAGACCCUAAGUCUACCUACCCUUUGGAUUUCGUGGGCUCCUCCCUUGCACCCGUAGGUGCCACCUCCCCCCCCCCCCCCAGCGCGUCCUUUUGACUUCCCUCCAUGUUUGCAGCCUUUCUCUUCCUUCACAUUCUACCGCCUGUACCUGGCUUUAUUUGUCUUUUCCCAUAAGCUCCUCCCCAACAUCCAGGCUUUUUCUUAGCACCCUCUUCAUUUAACCUAGACUUAUUGUUUUGUUUUGUUUUCUUUUCCAGAUCUUUCUCCCAGUUCUUGUAGCUUCUCUUCGUGUCUCAGCCACUCUUCCUCCUUUCUUGUUCUCACAUUGCUCUUUCCCAAGGUGCAGAUCUGCCAGAGACCAUGAUGAGGGCAGUGGGUAACCUGUCCCUAUGUUUUGCUUGAUUUGGUUUUUUGAAUCUAAUUUUUUUUCCCCUUUGCUCUCGCCUCCUUCCCUUUGUUUUGACUUGUUUCUGCUCUCCAUUCCCUUCCUUUCCUUCCUUCUUAUUGUGUUGUUGUUGUUCCCUUGAGGAUCUCCCCUUUGCUGGAAUUCUCAGUCAGGGAGCAGGUACUUGAUCCCCUUUCCCCCUCCAGGGUGCCUGGGUCCCACCCACAGCCGUUUUACCACUCCCAGAGUAGGGUGACCUUGGAGGGAGGUGGUAAAGACAGACCCAGCCUAGCGAGGGUCAGCAAAGGCAGGCUAGAAGCUAAGAAACAUUAAGUUCAGUUUCACCUUCUCCCUUGAUGAGGCCCAGCUAUCCCAACUCCCUCCUGCAAUGCCAAGGCUUUGAAGUUAUCUCAGAUUGCCAAUUAAUCUACAGUCCCUGGGUACACGGGGAUUUGUUUCCUACAUGUGCGUUUGGCGAGGUGGUUUGUGUGUUGACAUCUAUGAAAGUGCACGUGUCCUGAGGAGGUUGUGUGUGUGACUGGGCAUUUGUUUUGCAGGGAGGGGAGGGAAGUGCUUAAUGCACAAGAGACAGUGUUUCUCCUGGGGUUUCCUCAUCGUCCGAAGUAGCUGUUGGGUGUCAUUCUUGCACAGAGGCCUGUGAAGUCAGUUUUGCUCCCCCCACAUCAUGCUCUCCUACAGAUAAGCAGGCUGUGGGACCCACAGACAGCUUCUGAGUGGCACAGAGCACAUUUCUGUGCCCCGUUGGUGCCAGAAGCAGCAUGAUCUUCAGAGCACCAUGGGGCCUGACAGAGUGACAGCCCGAGAACUGUGCGAGAACGAUGACCUGGCCACCAGCCUUGUUCUUGACCCCUACCUCGGCUUCCGCACCCAUAAGAUGAAUGUCAGCCCCGUGCCCACUCUGCGGCGACAACACUACCUUCGCUCUGCACUGGAAGCUUUCCUAAGACAGCGGGACCUAGAGGCUGCAUACCGGGCCCUGACAGUGGGAGGCUGGAUGGCCCACUACUUCCAGAACCGGGCCCCUCGGCAGGAGGCUGCCCUCAAGACCCACAUUUUUUGCUACCUCCGCGCCUUCUUGCCUGAGAGUGGCUUCACCAUUCUGCCCUGCACCCGUUACUCCAUGGAGACCAAUGGGGCCAAGAUCGUGUCUACCCGUGCUUGGAAGAAGAACGAGAAACUGGAGCUGCUGGUCGGCUGCAUUGCAGAGCUGCGUGAAGAGGAUGAGAACCUGCUUAGGGCCGGAGAGAACGACUUCAGCAUCAUGUACUCCACCCGGAAAAGGAGUGCCCAGUUGUGGCUAGGCCCAGCUGCCUUCAUCAACCAUGACUGCAAACCCAACUGCAAGUUUGUGCCCUCAGAUGGGAAUACUGCCUGUGUGAAGGUGCUCCGGGACAUUGAGCCAGGGGAUGAAGUGACAUGCUUCUAUGGGGAGGGCUUCUUCGGUGAGAAGAAUGAGCACUGUGAAUGCUACACCUGUGAGAGGAAAGGUGAGGGAGCUUUCAGGCUUCAGCCCAGGGAACUGGAGCUGCGGUCACAACCUCUGGACAAGUAUCAACUCCGAGAGACAAAGCGGCGUCUGCAGCAGGGCCUGGACAGCAGCCAGCAGAGCCUUCUGGGCCUGCGGGCCUGCUCCCACCUGUCCCCACUGCGCCGUGACCCAUUCUGUGCUGCCUGCCAGCCCCCAUGCCUGCUGCCUGCUAGCCCACACUUGGACUACUUGCCCCUCUGGCUCCAGUGGAUGCCUCAGCCCCAGCCCAGAGUUCGACCCCGGAAGCGUCGCCGUCCCAGGAUCCGCUCGACCUCAUUGUCCCCUGUCCUCCAUGCUGCCUAUGUCUCCCUACACCGAUGGGGAGGCUGUGGUCCCCACUGUCAACUACGGGGUGAGGCCACAGUGACCCUGCACCUGCUCCCCAAGACCCGCUGGACCCCACAACAGGACUGGUACUGGGCCCGACGCUAUGGGCUGCCUUCUGUGGUGCGUGUGGACCUUACCCGCCUAGCCCCAGCCCUACCAGCUGCUCCUGCUCCUACUGGGAGCCCAGCUCCUGUCCCCACCCCUGACCUUGUCCCUAAACAGGCCCUUGCCUUUGCUCCUUUCUGCCCACCUAAGCGCCUCCGGCUAGUGGUCAGUCAUGGUUCCAUUGAUCUGGACAUCAACAGUGGUGAGCCAUGAUGGACUGCCUGCAGGAGCCCAGAUUGGAGUAUAGGCUCUGUCUUGGACUGCUCCAGAAGGGAAGGAAGGAGUUGACCCUUGACCCAGGUCUGAUCCUGGGAGUGUGUUGUUUAGGACAUACCUAGGGAGUUGAUCCUCAUUGCUCUCUGAUUGCUGACCCCUGAGCCAACCCCACUCAAGCAGGGAGCCCUGGCCAUUUGAUGUCCCCCUCCCCAUCCCUGUCCCCACCGCAGGACUUCAGGAGCCAUCCCCCUCUCCUCAGCCUCUUCUUCCCCAGGGAGCAAAGCCAUAAGGGGUGGGGGCCACUCCAUGGCGACUCUCUAGAAGCUCAGGCCUCAGGGAGGUGCAACUGACUUGGGGGUUUGCCCUCCCCAACUGCCCCCACAGUAGGGAGUAGGUUGACUCUCAGUUCUGCAGUUGUUGGAGGCAGGGGCAGUCAGAUGGGGUAGGUGGUACCCAGGGGCUCAUCCUUGGCCCUGCCCCAUGGGUCUCAGGGAGGCCAGGUGUGACCUCAUCUUUCUCACGGUGCUAUCCCUGGUGCUACUGGGGUGUAGGGGAGGCUCCCUCUCUUCCCCACACCAGAAUGGGGUAUGAUGGGGGAUUGGAGGAACUUGAACUUUUUAUUAAAACCUUCUAAGCCCUUA